AGCUCACUCUAGCCAGCUCUCAGUCACAAGAGGAGGCUGCAGUGUGUGUCUGUGUGUUUAUGUGUGUGAUUGCGCGUUUACCAUGUACUUAUCAGCCAGUAUGCCUGCUUCUCUGUAAAGAGCGAAUAUAACAUAUACAUGGAAUUCCUCUAACUGAGGACUGGAGGAAGAUAUGUAGCAAGACCGUCCUGGAGCUCAUUAAGGAAGACAUAACAUUUCUCUUUCUCUAUCUUGCGCGCUCUUUCUUUUAUUUUAGCCUCUCUCCAUACUCUUUCAGUCGACUUCUCAUUUUUAAAGCUGUCCUCAGACUAUCUCACUGGCUUACUUGCUUGCUGCUGCUGUGUGCACCAUAACUAGUAGCUUCCUGGGCAGUGCCACAUUUUCCAUAGGCGAUGUGCUUAGGGCUAAAGAUGAACGAUUGACCUUGAGCCUCAGGUCAUCUGAUGGUGUGUGCGCGGCAGGAACAGUGGUGGUGAGUCGACUGAAGAUGGGGGAGAUGGAGGAAGUCGAAGUGGACCACAUCACUACCGACAUACCAUCACAGAAGUGUCCCAUGGUUUGUGAGUCUGCGUCCCACGCCUGCAUUGACAGAGAAAAUAACCCACUGACAGGGCCAGUGUUCAAGAACCCAGUAUGCAAAGUGUACAGAUUUCAAACAGCGGACAGCAAGUGGAUGCUUGUGCGGGAGCAAAUGGAGGAGUGUACUUUGUCCUUCAGCAUCCCCAAACAGCUACUUUCACUUUACAUUCAGGAGGACAUGAGGAGGGUGCAGGAUCUGAGGGAGCUGGGGGAGCUUUCUCCUCACUGGGACAACUUAAGAAAGGAGGUGAUGACACGAUAUGGAGGAAUCAUCAGCUCGUACCAGGAGACUUUGGCUGAACUGGACAAGAUUACUGGUCGUUCAUUCAAGCCAAGCUGCUGCAAAGCCCAGAAAUCACUGGAGUUCAUCCCGAUAAACCUGCACACCCAGAGGAUGAGGGUGACGUGUCCCAGAAAAACAGAUGCAAUCUAUGAUAUUGUCACUGUCGGUGCCCCUGCUGCCCACUUCCAGGGCUUCAAGUGUAGUGGUGGUCUUCAGCGUCUCCUUAGCAGAUAUGAAGCGGAGAAGAAAAGCUUCAGCACUGCCUACCAGUGCAUCUACUACUCCCCAGAGCACACAGCCAAAGCUCAGGAGGUACUCAGCACCAUGAGCCUCCUCCAGCCCCUCAUCACAAGCUUAGCAGACCAGCUCCUCCAAGCUGCCCAGGAGCACUCUUCCCCCGGACUGAGAGAUGCACUCAACAACCUCUCUGACAAGACAGAAAAAUUUGUUCACACACUUAAAGAUGAACUGGUCAAGAGUGCACUGCUAGCACUGCAUGCAGCGCGGCCCGGGUACAUUUCCAAGACCCAGAAGCAAACCUCCAUGCAGGAAGGCCAACAUCAAGGUCACAUCCACCAAGGCAGUGACCAGAAUCAGAGCCCAGUCCAGGGACUUCCAGGCCACAGUCCGGCCACAUCGGUCACUGAGGGCAUGGUGGUGUGUAAUAAUGUGGAGGGAUCACAAACUAGAGGAGAUGGUGGGCACCAAGACUCCAUACCACACCAUAAAGAGUACGACGAGGAGGAAUGGGACAGAGUGUGGGCCAACGUAGCCAAAUGUCUCAACUGUGUAAUUGCCAUGGUGGAUAAACUCCAGGAGGAAGGCAACAACAAGCCGGAGCAAGUCCCAGAGCAACAGCUCGCUGAUGUCAUCACUUCACACAACCCUGGCGACUGGGGGGAGCAGCUUUGCCCUGUGGUGACCAGGUUAAAGGAGUGUGUGAUGGAGGUGGUGGAGAAGGCUAAGAGAGCCAUGACCUUUGUGCUCCUGCAGGAGGCAGCCUGCAGCAUUCCACAGGGUUUCCUCCUCCAACAGAGGAGAGAUGUGGUCUUCAGUCAGGCAUUGGCAGCCUUAGCCUGUGGUUUUGUCAUGAGGCUGUAUGCAGGAAUGCAAGACAAAGGCUUCCUCAAGCAGCUCCACCUGGUUGGUCUGGUGGCCCAGUUUGAGAGCCUGCUCAGCACCUAUAGUGAAGAGAUCGGGAUGCUGGAGGACAUGGAAGUUGGAAUCUCAGACCUGCAGAGAGUCGUGUUCAAGAUUACAGAGGCCACGACAGACGACCUCAGUGACCUCCAGCCCUUAGUGUGUGGCCGAAGAGACCACUUCCUUGUAGAAGUGCCAUUACCACGACUGGUUUUCCAGACCUUGCCAGAAGAGAUCAAGGAGGGCAAACUUCUACGAGUAUUCCCGGUGCUGUUUAAUGUGGGCAUCAAUGAGCAGCAAACUAUAGCAGAGAGGUUUGGAGAUAUUUCCCUACAAGAGAGAAUAAACCAGAAGAACUUUGAAAAGUUAGAAGCCUAUUACAAAUCAUUAAGUGAAAAGGUGCCACUAGAAUGUCUACCGUGUUUUCAGACACAGACUGACAUAAAGGAAUUACUUGAAACCCUGGGCCAGAAUGUAGUCACAAAGAAGAGGAAGAACGUGGAGAUAUUAUGGACUGCUGGAAUGAUUUGUCGAAGGUUGAAUGGCAUCAGGUUCACCAGCUGUAAAAGUGCCAAAGACCGGACAUCCAUGUCUGUCACAUUAGAGCAGUGUUCCCUCCUUCGUGAUGAACACCAGCUCAGCAAGGAUUUCUUCAUCCGUGCUCUGGACUGUAUGCGGAGAGAAGGAUGUCGGAUUGAGAACGUUGAAAAGAAUAUUAAAUGCAGGAAAUAUGCCUUCAACAUGUUGCAGCUGAUGGCCUUUCCCAAGUGCUACCGACCACCAGAGGGGACUUACGGAAAAGUUGACUCUUAAAGAAGUAAGGGUUAGGGUUAGUACUGUAAAACCAAUCACUCUUUAUCAUCCAAGUAGUAAAUAUGCAUUGUUUGUAACCAGAAAAUCUGCUGGAUAUUUUUUUGAUUGAUGUUUGCUUAAUUUUUGGUCAUGUUGGUAUGUGAGGGGGGUUGUGUAUUUGCUGAACUCCACGCUGGAUUUGCCAAACGUGUUACUUGUAAAAAACAAAAAAAAUGAAAUCACUUUUUUACGUUGUUUAUUUUCAUUACCUAAACAGUGAUACAUUGUACAACUGUGUGGACCGAUUAGUGUCUGUACAGUAUGUUAAUGGCCUUAAGCAGUACAGCCUAUAAGUCUGCAUUUGUAACUUCCCUCCUGUAGAAAUGUACAUUUUUUUCUAAAUGGAUUUGUUACUGUGACAAAAUAGUAUUAACUCAGGUGUGCUUACUAAUUUUUACUGAGGUGUAUCAGAGGUUAUGUUGUUGCAACUGUUCCCAUGGUCAAGAGUUACCUUCCGUGCUCCCGUUAUAUUUUUAUAGCUGUUGAUAAUGAAUUGGAAACAAACUGUUUGCCCUCAUUCUGUGUUUGGAUAUACUGAACUUCACAUGACAGUGAAAACUGACAAAUUGAUCUGCUUUCAUAUCUCACGUACAACUCCAGUUUUUGAGCAAUGAAUCUGUGUAUUUUGCUGAUUCAACAUGUUGGGGCCAAAUUUUACAUAUUUUGUUUUUCGUUAGUUGGAGACAUUUUUAUUUAAUUCUUAUAGUGCCAAAUGUGUGGCAGCAUAUACUGUAAGAAGCAUAUUUUAAAUCAGUUGUUAAAUCCUGUUGCCUUGACAACUCAUCCCUAAUGGUUGCACUUGAGCAACAUAUUUUUAUAUCCCAAGGUACAUCCCAGUGAAACCAAAUGAAGUACAUCUGGAAAUUAGAACAGAACAAGGAUAAUGUAGCGCAUCAUUUCUGAAAGCUAUAUACCAAAGUAUGUAAGUCCACUGUUUAUUUUUGUAUUCUAAAAUGAUUUUAUAUUCUAAAUGUUCCUUCCUUGGACUUUAAUGCAUGUGUAAAAUGUAUAUGCUGUUAAAUAAUGGGCUUUUCUUUUUUUCUAUUUAAAAUUAAAUAAAAAAUGGUUUGGUGUGGAUAUUGGUGAUUGU